AUGAGAGAAGCAGUAUCGGGUAGCACCGAGAGAGAACCACCACUUCACAAACCAUUGACUAAGCCCCCCGACGCCAACAUGACCUGGGGAAACCCAAGACUUUUCCUCCAAGGAGAUCUGGGACCGGGACAGAGACUCAUCCACUCGAGAAGCCAGAAAGCCCCGCCGAGCAUCCAACACGGCCACCUCCACCUGAAUCGAAGGCUGAAAAUCCAGAUCUGA